GUCUUUUUCCCAAAAUGCCCCCCGCGUCAGAACUUUUAGAUAUCUCCGUAAUUAUCUUUUCCUUUUAUUCGUCAUUAACCUUCUCCCCAAGUCUUUCUCUUUCAAUUUAUGACGGCAUUAUUAUACAAAAGCCCCAAAAUCUCUUCUAGGGUUUCACGAGGCUUUUUGAUUUGGAUUUGUGAGGUUUGGGGAUUUAGGGUUUUUGUUUGGUGUGAGAGUUUGAAUUUGAUGGCUACGGUGGGGGAGGAAGAUGUGGAGUACGAGAGUGAUCCAGAGGAGGUUAAACGAUCGCUGGCGAUGAGGAGGCGGGCGGCGGCGAGCGACGAUGAGGAAGGUGAAGGAGAGGGGAGGGAGAAAUCGAGGCCGGAUCGGAGGGUUCCCAUUCACUCUGAUGAUGAAUCGGACGAUCAGGGUGGGGCAGCGGAGUAUGAUGACGACGAAGAAUUGGUAGAAGACGAAGAAGAAGAAGAAGAGAUUGAUGAGGAAGAAGAGGAGGAACAAGAGCCUAUUCAUGAGGCCGCCUAUGUGGACAGAGGGCGUGAAGGUGAGAUUAGGACUGAGGUUUUGGCGGUGAAGGAAUCGGAGGGCGGUGAUGGGACGAGGUCUGUGGAUGGAGUGGUGGAUGAGCAUGGAGAGAAUCAGGCCGGGGAAGGUGAGGAGGAGGAGGAGGAGAAGAAGGAGAAUGAACCCUUUGCAGUGCCCACAGCUGGGGCGUUUUAUAUGCAUGAUGACCGAUUCAGGGACAAUGCCGGUGGUCGGAACAGGCGAACGCAUGGUGGAAGGAAGCUAUGGGAGUCUAAAGAUGACAGGAAGUGGGGGCAUGACAAGUUUGAGGAGAUAACUUUGCACGAAAGGCACCACGAAGAGGGCAGGAGACCUUCUAGGGGAAAUUUUCGGGGUAGAGGAAGAAACCGAGGUAUUGAUCGUGGGUACGCUACAGGAAACAGGUCUAAAGAGUAUGAGAAUAAUAAUCAGAGACCGGUACCCAAGGGUGUGAGAGGGAGAGGGCCCAGAAGAUAUGAACCUGCUUUUAGGAAUAACAGACAGACGCCUUCCACACAAAAUAGACAGUCUGGAAGGCCUGUUGACAAAACUUCACAAACUAAUUCAGAGAGGACUUUUGCUCCCCCAUCGAAUGCAGAAUCUGACUCAGUUCCUGCUAGGAAAAAUGUCUUUGCAUCAAGCCUGAAUUCAGCUUCUCCUCCUUUUUAUCCAUCAGGAUCCUCCAAUAAGGAGAUCAAUCUUAAUCAAAAAAGGGAUGCACAUGCUGGGAGUGCUAAGAGGAAUGCUCGUCCAUCUGUAUCAGAGGAAAAUUUUUCUGGGCGACAAACCAAUGCAUAUCUGCGAGGGAAGAAUGUAGCUCAAUCUGUUGGCGUUGGAAUGGAAAAGCUUUAUAUUGAUGAUUCGAAGAAUCCAGGAGCUGGGAAGACAUUGACCACUGUACAAAUGCCAUCAUCUGGGUCUUCAAUUGUCAACACUACUCAACCUUCUCAGUCUAGGGUUCAGGGAAGGGGUGCUGUCACAGGACAGAUGAGUUAUCGACCUGUCGUUUCUCAGAACCAGAUGCCAAGAGCUCCAUCACAACAGUUCCAUGCUGUUCAGCGUAAUCCCGUCCAAAAUCGGUCCCAACUAGCUCUUCAAGCUCCUCCCCAGCAGGUGGGACAACGCCCUGGAAGUGGAUCUCAAGCCUCCUCUCCACCUAAAACACCUGGAGAAGUUGAACCUGCAGAUUCAAGUAAAUCUAAAGGUGCACUAGUUGCAAAGGGAAAAGGCAGUGCUCAAGGUAAUGGAAGGGGAGCACUUACUUACAAUGGGGCUCAGGUUAUUGGGGCCUCUGGAGGCAUGGGUGUCAAUCAUGGAGAUCAGAACUUUCCUGGGACUCCUGCCUUUUUGCCUGUUAUGCAAUUUGGCGGCCAGCACCCUGGGGGUAUGGGAGUUCCUGCUGUUGGCAUGGCAUUCCCUGGAUAUGUUGCUCAGCCACAACUUGGUGGUGGUAUGGGAAAUUCUGAAAUGACCUGGUUGCCUGUAUUAGCGGGUGCUGCAGGAGCUUUAGGGGCUGCCUAUUGUCCGCCCUAUAUUACUGUUGAUGGUUCUUAUCAUGCUCGCCCGUCAGGACAGACAUCUGUGGGUUCCUUGAGCAAAGAAAAUAAUGCAAACAAAACCAAUAAUGAAUGGAAGCCUUCACAAAAACCUGAAAUAGUGGGCGAUGAUUAUGGGCAGCGACAAAACAAGCCUCGUAGAUAUUCACAGAUGAAUGUCGCCAGUGAAGUUCUUCAAAAUAAUACGGAGCUUGUUUGAUAAAACAGAUAAAGGUUCUAUCCUGCCCGAAUUUAACUUUUCUGUUAUUUUGGGCAUCGCAAAGUUCUGAGUUGUGAUCAUAUGGUGCUGCAGGCCUUCAUCUAGGCCCUUUGUGAUCUUCAGCUUAUGUUCUGGAGCACUUUGGGCCAAUGUGUUCCAAGAUAUCUUAGUUGUGUAUGACAAACACCUGCUCAUGCUGCACUCAAUUUAAGAUCAUCAAUAUUGCGGCUUGACGGGUGGCAGUUCCUUGUUUGAAUGUUCGGUUUUCUUGUGGUUUGGUUUUCAGUUGAAAAGCUCGUGAGAAAUGUAGACGGCUUUCUCAUAAACUACUAUAUAGAAGAAAAUUGGAAAAGUGCAAGAAUUAUUGUGCAGCAGCAGUUUGCUUAGUAGAAUUCAUCAAGUUCCUUUUAUCUCUAAAAAUGUUGCAUUGCAUUUUUAUUUUUUCUUUCCAUUUGUUAUGACCUUGGUGAUAGUUUUCAUUGCUUUGAGAGUAUUGGAAUUUUUCUUUCUUAGUUCUCCUGACUAUGGAACUAUAACGAUGCUGUAAUCAGAGUUGCUAUUAUAAGUCUAUUAUUGAUGUUUUUCUUGCUUUCUUA